UUUCUGCAACUUUGAGAUCGUCCGAUUGAUGCGACUUGUCAGGCUAACAAAAUGGUGUUUGAGUCCCUCGUAGUCGAUUUGAUCAACAAAUAUCUUGGAGAUUUUGUUGAAAAGUUGGAUAAAUCGCAACUGAAACUCGGGAUAUGGGGAGGUGAUGUUGUUCUUAAUGAAUUAGACUUAAAGGAAAGUGCAUUGGAUGACCUUGACUUACCUGUGAAGAUCAAAGCGGGUCACAUAGGUAAACUAACACUGAAAAUUCCAUGGAAGAACCUGUACACAGAACCUGUGAUUGCAACAAUAGACGGAUUGUAUGCCCUUGCAGUGCCUAAUGUCGGUAUCAAGUACAAUGCAGAGAAGGAGAAGAAAGAAGCCCAGGAGAACAAACAGAAGAAGUUACAGGCCCUGGAAGAAGUGAAGAAACUGGAGGCUGAAAAAGGUAUUGUAGAAAAGAAGAAGGAUUCGUUUGCUGAGAAGUUUGCCACUCAGGUGAUCAAAAACCUGCAGGUAGAAGUCAGGAACAUCCAUGUGCGCUAUGAGGACAAGUACACCAACCCUCUGCAGCCAUUCUCCAUUGGUGUCACAUUGAAGGAACUCCUCUUCAGGACAACAGAUUCCAACUGGCAGCCAUGUAUAAUCAAGGAGGCAGUGUCACAGAUCCACAAACUUGUCAAGUUGGAACAGCUGGCUGUGUACUGGAACAGCCACUCUAACCUGUAUGAGGGAAAGGAAAAGGCAGAAAUACUGUCAGAAUUAAUUCGGCCGAUCUCUUCUGUUGCUCACUUGAAGAUCACCACAAAGCCUGAAGAACACGACUUCAAGCAGCCCAAGAUCUCUCUCUCUGUGAUAUUGGAUGACAUUAUCAUAGGCCUUGCCAAAACUCAGUACAACGAUGUUCUGGAGAUGUUGGAAGAGUUUGAGCGGCUCAGCCUCAUGGGCGUCUACAAGAAAUACAAACCCAGCGUGCCUCUACGUGGUCAUAUUAGGACCUGGUGGCACUUCGCCUACACGUCUAUUUUAGAGAAGAUGGUGCGUCGUCGACGACGGAUGUGGUCAUGGCAACACAUAAAGCUGCACCGGGACAGCAAGCUGCGAUACAAGGAGGCCUAUGUGAGGAAACUGGAGGCCAAGAGAGUGCCUGCUGACCUCCAGAAAACACUGGACGAAUGUGAGGAAUUUCUGGAUGUCUUCAACCUGACGGUGCUGCGCCAGCAGGCUGAGGUGGAGGCAGAGAAACGGGGUGCACGGCGCGCAGAGGACAAGAAAAACGCAGGCUGGUUCGGUGGCUGGUUUAGAGGAGGCAAGAAAAAGGACGAAGGAAAGGCAAAAGGGGAAGUUGAAAAUAUCCAGCAGCAGUUCUAUGAGCAGUUCAACUUGGAGGAGAAGAACAAACUGUAUGAGGCCAUAGGCUACCAGGAGAACGAAGUGGACCUUACCCUGCCCAAAACGUUUGUUGCAUUACGGAUAGUCACAAAGCUAAACAACCUGUCUGUCACCCUAGGAGAUGACAGCAAAUCGGAUUCCCAGCUGUUGAAGCUGCAGUUAAAGAAUGUCUACUCCACAGUGGAACAGCGACCAGCGGCCUCUGCCAUCAAGGUGAAUGCCAAGAUGGACAAGAUGACGGUGCUGGGUACCCAGCAAGGGGAGAUCAUCCCUCACAUGGUGUCCUCCCUGCUAGAGAAGUUUACAGAACAAGAAGAGGCAUUGUCCCUAAUAAACUUCUUGUUUGAGACCAACCCACUGGAUGGACUGUGUGACGCAAGAGUGAGAGUCAACGCCCGCCCCUUGCAGAUCAUUUAUGAUGCGGUGACAGUAAAUCACUUAGCAAACUUCUUCCAACCUCCACAAGAUAUCCAACUGAAACAGCUGUCACAGCUGGCCAUGUCCAAGUAUGAGGAUAUAAAGGAACAGUCAGCCUCUAGUCUACAACACGCCAUUAACCUCAAGAAGUACACGGAGAUAGCCGUAGAUCUCAUGUCUUCCUACAUCAUCGUACCACAUAGGGGCUUGUGGACUAAACACAAGGAUGUUUCAAAGCUGAUACUAGACUUGGGUCAUCUGAAGAUUGGGACACAGAAGAGACUAUCGGAGGAGGGUCUCAAACGUGGGUCAAUGGAGGAAGUGAUGGGGAAGGCAUACGACACGUUCAACAUCAGCCUGGAAAAUGUUCAACUUAUGAUGAUACAUGCAGGUGAAGACUGGAAAUCCAUUCGCAGACUGCGUGACUCUCCCAUGCAUAUCCUGUGUCCAAUAUCUCCGAGCGUACUCCUCCAGAAGUGCAUGUUUGACAACGAUCCCAGAAUGGCCAAAAUGAAGAUCAAAGGGCUGAUACCCCUGCUUAGCCUGAACAUAUCAGACCGCAGACUACAUGAGGUUAUCUCCCUUGCUACCAGUAUCCCACUACCAGAGCUGGAGCCAGCAGCAACCAAAGGCGAUUUCGUACAGGGUGCUACAGAUAUACCCUUAACCCUUACGGUUGAUGACAUGGGUAUGUCAGAGAAAGUUCUGGCUUUGAAGCCUGCUUCUCCGCCAACACGAAGCCAGUCUCAGGAAAGUUUUAACUACACCGAUGUUGAGCUGGAGUUUGAACUCAAAAAGAUUACUCUGAACAUUUCUCAGCGUCAGAAAGAUGUUGACCUGCCACUGCUGAGACUCAUGAUAAACAACCUUGGCACCAUGGUCAAGGUCAGAACAUUUGACCUCAAAGUGGAAGCAUUCCUAGGGGGCAUUUACUUGCAGUAUUUGAAAACUGAAGUUUCUGCAGACCUAGCCACACAGCUUCGUGGGGAAAGUGAGAGUCUUUGUGAAGAACUUGCUGACAAAUCUGUGAUAAACUUGGUGAACACUCCAAGACCUGCCACAGGUCACUCAAAUCUGCUUCUGAUCAGCUUUCUCAAGGCAAAUGUGGAUGCACCAGAUUUUGCAACAACCUACAAAAAGACAGAACAGUCACUCAAUGUUGAGUUAUCUGCCCUUGAACUUCUUCUUCACCAGGAGGCCAUCUUGGAUCUGAUAGUUUUUGCUGAGUCAUUGCGGGUAAAUAUUAUCUUUAUAUUGUCCAUAAGAAUUGAAUACAAUAUUAGCGAUGGGCGAUUUUCAUCUUUUAAAUCAACUUUUCAAAAUCAUGACCAAACCCCUGAGAUUCAGGAGCUGGAGAACAAAACCUCAGGUUGGAAGUCUGCAGAUGAAGAGGAGAAGACUAAGGAGGUCGCUAAGAAAAAGACAGUUUUCAAGAAGGAUCCCGAAGUGAUCGACCUGAAGGUGAAAGCAGGCCUCAAGAUGUUCUCUGCCACAGUGUGCAGUCAGGCCAAACUGAUAUCAGAUGUCAAAAUCAGAGGCCAGUUUAUUCUGGAGAUUGAGGGGUCGGAAGUGUUGACCUUAGACCUUGCUCUCUACAACAACAACACAGAAGGAGUGAGGUACGAGGACAUGAACAAUGUGGACAUGAAGGUCAAGGUCACCAUAGGGAAGCUAAAGGUCACCUUCCUUAACAAGUUUGUCAUGGACCUUCUGGCUUUUCUGGAAAAUUUCCAACAGGCCAAAGCCAAGUUGAAGGAGGCCAGUGCAGCUAUGGCUGAGAUUGCCCAGGAUGCAGUGCAGAACUUCCAGGAGACUGCUUCCAGACUGUCUCUCCUGGUCGAGAUGCAUGCACCAUUCAUCUUCAUGCCCCAGACUUCAAGGUCGUACAAUGUACUGCUGGUGGAUCUGGGUCACCUUCAGGUUACAAAUAGCUUUGAGAAGCUGAGCUCAAGGUCGUCAUCAGGGAUACCAGCUGUCCUUGACAAGAUGAGUGUGACCUUGACGUCUGUGAAAUUGUCAAGAGCCAUAGUGGAUGCCAGUCAGUUUGUGAAGUCAGAGGUGGGGAUACUACAACCUGUGACAAUAUCAGUGAAUGUUUGCCACAACCUGUCUGCAGCCUGGUACCAUGACUCCCCUGAUGUCAGCAUUGAAGGGAGCCUCAACAUCAUGCAGAUGUGUAUGAGUCAAGGAGAUUUCACAGCCAUGAUGCUGACACUGAAUGAGAACCUGUCUGAAGCGCAGGAUAAGUCCCCUGGCAAGUCUACUGUAACCGUUGAAACAACGGCUCCUGGAUUAGAGGAUGUGGUUACCAAGGAAACAUCAGCCCCUGUGCAGUGUUCCCCAGACACCCCUGUUCCCACCUCUCCCAAAGAGGCCUGGUGCAAGCUGAGGUUCAACUUCAUAGUGAACAGUCUCACUGCCACACUGUACUCCGGGGAAAGCCAACUGACCAGUGGGCUGACCAAGAGGGACUACAGCAAACUGCUCGGCAGCUUUGGCCUUGACCUGAUUUCUCUGAAAGGUCAAAUGAUGUCCAACAACUCCCUAGAGGUCACGGUGAAACUGCGGGACAUGACCUUGGACGACAAGAGGAUACAAAAACAAGGGGGUAUAACUAAAAUGAUGGAGAGAAGCAAGAAGGGAGGAGCCAGGGAUAUGAUUGAUGUGUCAUUCAAGCAGGUGGCUGAUGACAAAACAAUUGACGUUCACAUGUACAGCCUGUACCUCUGUGUGUGUCUGGACUUCAUCAUGGCGGUGGCAGACUUCUUUGUAAAGGGUCUGCCCUCUAAGGAGACUGCCUCCACACAUCCCCCACACCCCACUGACGAGAAGAAAGCUAUAAAGGCCAAGCCGGAGAAAGUGCCCGCCCCUUUGGGAGAGAUGAACAUCUCCGUGGUGAUAGACAGGCCAGAAAUCAUCAUGAUAGAAGACCAGGCCCGGGAGACCACCAAUGCUCUCAUGCUGGAUAUGGAGUUGAAAUUCCAAAUGUGGCAAUGUCCUGAGACUAUGGACAUGUCAGCCAGUAUCAGAAAUCUGGGCAUUGUAUCCAGUAAAUACAACAGGACUGAAGGCGGGGCACAGAUCCUGACCCCGUGUGACAUCUCGUACUACAGCAAGACGCCCCACGGCCAGGGGGCUCACAUGGACGUGUCAACCUCAGACCUCAUCCUCAACAUCUCCCCGGCAACCAUCAGAACAAUGUCAGCCAUCGCUGCAAGACUGGCCCAGAAUGAUGAGGCGGUUAAAGAAGAGGACAAAGUUCCCGCAGACCUCUGGCAAUACAAACAACUCAAGGACUGUAACUAUUGGUUCUUUAAAACUGUUGAUUCCAGUCAUAAUCUGCUAGCAGGAUUGUCUGGGGAGACACUGGAAACACGUGGGGAGAAGAUGAUUCUCAACGUUCCUUCCAUCGUUGUCAAGCUGGAAGGGGGUGUUGGCAACAGGACGGUACCCCUGCUCAUCACUGACAUGUCCCUGCAGGGCGAAGUGAGGGACUGGACUGGCAAGCUGUAUGUGGAGAGCAUCCUGAAGCUGGAGGUGGCCUACUACAAUGAGAGGAUCUCUGUAUGGGAACCACUGGUGGAACCAGUCCUGGACAGCGGGAGACUGAGAAAGUGGGAACUACAACUGGAGGUAGUCAAAAAUGAAGAAGAGGAGCAGUACUUCGAUGAUGAGGACACUGAGGACAUCAAGCUCCUGCCCCCCAAGAUGAGUAUCAACGUGAAGUCAGCAGACGGGCUGCAGGUAACCAUGACGAAUGCGUGUCUGGAGAGUCUCACCAAUCUGGGCAAGGCCUUUGGUGAUGCCUAUGCGCUGGUUGAGCCCACACUGAAGGCUGAAGAGGUACUGGACCCCUAUGUGAUACAGAAUGAGACAGGGGAGGACAUCGUGCUCAAACUGGACAACACUUUUGUGAUACCGGACUCUACCAAGAACGCAAAAGUCAAGUUACGUAGCGGUGACAUCCUACCUUUAAAGAACAAGGAGGGACACAAACUGCGUCGACAGGCAUCAGUGAUAAGGGCCACUCAGAACUCGGACGAGAAGAAACUGAUCUUCCAGGUGGAGAGAUUCAAUAUCCCCAAGGAUGUGACCAUCAAGAGGGCUGAGAGGAGGCUGUUCCACUUUGAUGAGAAGCAGGCCCCCAGCAUGUGGGCCGUCGUCGUGGAUACCAGAAUCAACCUCGGCCAGAAGACCGUCACUUUCCGGUCGGCAGUUCAGGUUCAAAACCACCUGCCAGUUCCCGUGGAUAUCUACAACAAGGAUGCGAGUAAUGGAACCAAGCUGAUAUCCCAUAUCCAGCCUGGUGCCCUCUACAGUGUACCCCUGUAUGCCGUCUAUGAGUCAACGGGGCAGUUCAUGUUUAGGCCCAUGAAGGACGGGUGUGUAGAGAUGAGUGAACCAAUCAGCUGGAAAGGGGCAGAGAACCUGGGACUGAAGAUGCUGACCUGCCGUGGGGACGCAGUCCACCAGCCUUUCUAUAUCAGGGUUCGUGCAGAGAUUGAGGAGGUCUAUUAUCAGGAUGGCGACACUUUGUCUGCUAAGUCCACUAUCUUCCACCUACACCCGACAGUGAUCUUCCACAAUCUACUGCCCUAUGAUGUAAAAUUCAUGCUUGAGGGCACUGCAGACGAGAUGUUGCUUCAGAAAGGCUGCAAUAUCCCUCUGGACCAUGCUUGCUUGAGGAAAACCAACAUUGAGGUCAUGAUCAUAAACUAUCAGGGUAGUGAGUGGAAUGGCCGUCGACUGCUGGACUUUGACAUCCCUGAACUCUCAGUGUGGAACUUUGACGGUUACCAAGGGAAAAAGAAAGUAACCAUGGACCUGGGUCUUCAUUUCAAGAAGACGAGUGGUUCAAUCCAGGUGUCCCUGUUCAGUCCAUACUGGAUGAUCAAUAAGACUGGGGUCAUGUUGAGAUACAAGGCAGGUGAUGACGACCCCAUGGAACAUCCGCCAGAGAUCAAGGACAUUGUCAUGUUCUCAUUUAAAAAAAGUUCCCUGUUCAACAAGAAAAAGAGAAGGAGAGAGCGGGAGUUCCGUCCCCGUUUGGAGGUUGCCGGGGUUCGCGAUAUAGACUUUGUUAGUCGGUAUCGGGUGAACCGAACCACCGCGCAACAACUGGUUGAGCUUUUGGGGCAGGAUCUUGCCAGAUCUGAUCGGGGCGGAAAAACCAUUUUGCCGGAGACCAAGCCCCAUCAGUGUGCGGCCUUGUUUGUAGCGUCCUGCCGGCUGCACAAUCUGCUGAUGGCCAAUGGGGAGAAACAAGAAGUGGAUGCCGAUGUCAGUGAGGAUGAUGACAACUAUGAUGACCCUGUUGAAGUUACAGCCCUUACACAAGGAAGAUACAGGUGGAGACACGACAAGGUCCUCCAAGAACUGGCAGACAUAGUGGAAAGGGAGAGGCGUAAGAAGAGGACUGUGAAAGAGACCGGGAAGAUGCAGUUUGUAAAGGAAGGGGAAACCAUCAAGAAGCAGCAGACGCAAGCAGCAUCGAUCCUAGAUCGUGCGCAGUCAUGGGAGAUGGUUGUUGACCUGAAACGAAGGCUGGUUUUCCCAAGUGUAGUCCAGACAACACAACGCCCCAACAUGGUGAUCUGGUCGGCAAAGGACAAGUGUCUGGUGAUGGUUGAACUCACAGUUCCUUGGGAGUCGCGCUGUGAUGAGGCGAUGGAGAGAAAAACAGCAAAAUAUGCUGAUCUGCAGAGGGAAUGCAAGGAGAAGGGGUGGCACACGUGGCUAUUCCCAGUGGAGGAAAGACUGGAUGACAACCGAGAAAAAAACGGUGACGCUGGAAAGACAGAUGGCCACCAGGAAAGCCUGGGAAGGGCACGACGGGUUGGCAGCCCGGAAUGCAGUUCCUGGCAGGAGGAGGACGACCAUGACCCUCUUCUUGAUCUGCUUCCCCCACUGGACGAUGACACUCCAGCACAUGCAGAACCAGCACCACAAGUACAAACAGCUCCGGGAGAUGAUGAGAAGAGGCGCCUGCGGAAAGCAUGGCCCAAGACGACAGACCGGCGAGCGUGGCAGGAGCUAGAUCGAGACGUCUCCGCUGUACUGGAAACAACCCUCCAGGGUCCAGUUGACCGAAAGAUAAGAGCAAUGACGGGCCUCAUCUAUACUGUAAGCAAAGAGAGGUUUGGCUUGGCGGAGAAGAAACCAGAAAAGCCAGCCCCAAUCAUAAGCAGAAGACAGAGGCUAAUCAAACAGACCAGAAAGGAGCUUACAAGUGUAAAGAGGCAGUAUAGAAAAGCCAAGGAAGAAGAGAAAGUAGGACUCCAACAGUUACGAAGCACUUUACGAGAGAAACUGAGCACUCUCAACAAGGCUGAGCAAACAAGACAGAGGAAAAGGAAGAGGGAGAGACAGAGAGCUAGAUUCAUCCAGAAUCCAUACCAGUUCUCCAAAGACAUCCUUGACAACGAACGAUUAGGAACAGUAGAGAACAGUAUGGAGGACAUAGAACAGCACUUACGCAAUGUCCACAGUGAUCCUUCACGGGAGGUUCCACUGGGUGAAUGUUCAAGGCUAGAGCCAGAAGACCCACCAGAAACUCCUUUGGACACAAAGGAGCCAUCAUUGUCUGAGGUACAGCACGUGGUGAAGAAAGCGAGGACAGGCUCAGCCCCAGGCCCGAAUGGCAUUCCUUAUCGUGUCUAUAGGAUGUGCCCAGGCAUACUUCGGAAACUAUGGACCCUACUUAGAGUUAUUUGGAGAAAGGGCAAAAUCCCGGAUUGCUGGAAGAGAGCGGAGGGAAUAUUCGCCCCAAAGGAGAAGGACUCGAAGGAUAUUGGUCAGUUCCGGACCAUUUCUCUGCUCAUCGUAGAGGGGAAGAUAUUCUUUGUAGUCCUAGCCAAGCGACAGACAACGUUGCUUACUGACAACAACUACGUUGAUACGUCAAUUCAGAAGGGUGGAGUUCCCGGAUUUUCAGGAUGCGUCGAGCAUACCAGUGUGCUCAGCCAAGUGAUUCGAGGCAUUAAGCUACGCUUUGCUGUGGGAGACAAGACAACAGCAUGGCAAAGCUUUGAGAAAGGCAUUGUCACAGGAUGCACAAUAUCUGUGGUCCUGUUUGUGAUGGGUAUGAACCUCAUCAUCAAUGCGGCGAAGAGAGAGACACGUGGUCCAAAAGCAGCAACAGGAAUCUACCUACAUCCAGUUAAGGGAUUCAUGGAUGACCUCACUCUGACAGCAAAGACCCACAUUCAAGCAAGAUGGACAGAAAAACGCAUCAAGAACCAGCUCACUGAAGGGCUGAAGCAGAUUGACAGAAGUGGACUACCUGGCAAAUUCAAGGUCUGGUUAUUCCAGAAUGGACUUCUCCCACGACUGAUGUGGCCACUGAUGCUUUAUGAGGUGGCAACAACAGUGGUGGAGGGACUGGAGAGAACCAUUAGUAGGCAUUUGCGAAAGUGGCUUGGCGUACCACCCAGCUUCAGCAACAUUGGGCUCUAUGGACGAUCAAAUCAACUACAGCUCCCAUUGAGUUCGUUGGUGGAGGAGUACAAGGUGGCAAAGGCCAGACUUGUCAUGACGCUGAAGGAUUCAAGGGAUGACAUGGUCCGAAGAGCAGGUGUUGAGACCAGGACGGGAAGAAAGUGGUCCGCUAGCCAGGCUGUAGCGCAAGCCGAGAGCCGCCUGCGACACAAAGACAUUGUGGGAACAACGGCAGUGGGAACACAAGGUCUGGGCGCUGCGGAGUCGAGGAGCUGGAAGAAGGCGGACAGUAGGACAAGGAGGGAGAUGGUCCAGGCAAAGGUACGUCUGGCCGAAGAAGAAGAUCGAGGCAUAAGGGCAGUGGCAAUGGGGUGCCAGGGUGCUUGGACAAAGUGGCAGACUACAGGAAAGAAGAUGACAUGGGCGGAUAUUUGGCGUAGCGAACCUCUGCGCAUCAGUUUCCUGCUCAGGUCAGUCUACGACCUGCUACCUUCACCAGCAAACCUUCACAGAUGGGGAAAACGUGACGACCCAACCUGCCAACUUUGCGGAAAGAAAGGCACGCUAGAACAUACACUAUCAUCUUGCCAGACAGCCCUUACACAAGGAAGAUACAGGUGGAGACACGACAAGGUCCUCCAAGAACUGGCAGACAUAGUGGAAAGGGAGAGGCGUAAGAAGAGGACUGUGAAAGAGACCGGGAAGAUGCAGUUUGUAAAGGAAGGGGAAACCAUCAAGAAGCAGCAGACGCAAGCAGCAUCGAUCCUAGAUCGUGCGCAGUCAUGGGAGAUGGUUGUUGACCUGAAACGAAGGCUGGUUUUCCCAAGUGUAGUCCAGACAACACAACGCCCCGACAUGGUGAUCUGGUCGGCAAAGGACAAGUGUCUGGUAGCCAGUCGUUACUCCACAUGGAUGUCACUCCCCAGGAACAUGCAGUUUGAUUUGAUUACAAGUGAAAAAAUGAAACAAAGUGGAAAAGCCUGCCUUUGUAUUGGAGAAGGGGAUUGGUCAGAUAAGUUCUCACUGGAUGUGGUUGGGAGUUCUGGCACAGUGCAGAGUAAAAAUAGGAACAGAGUCUGGGAGGUUGGUGUUAACAUUGUUCUCUCGAGCUCGGGCCUGUCCAAGGUGGUGACCUUCACGCCCUACUACAUGCUGGUGAACACCUCGCCCUAUGACAUGAUUUGCAAGGAACUGACCACAGAUAGCAGCUGGAUUCAAGUCCCUUCUAAACAGUGUGUUGCUAUGUGGCCACUGCAAUCCGGCAAGGAGAUGAUGAUGCAGGCUGCCAUAAAGGACUCUGAGGUCUCCACCAACCCCUUCGUCUUCAACAUGGCUCACACCACCCUGCUCAGGCUGAACAACCAGUAUGGAGGCAUCAAUGUUGAGUGCCAGGAGACGGAGAGUGCCAUGGUUACAACCUUGACGCACUAUAAGGAUGGCAUGGCAACCGUGCACAUUAUCAACCACACAGACCUAUGUGUCAUUGAGUUCUACCAGAGUUCUGUCAAGAACGUACAGAAGAUUGCUGGUGGUACCGCCGGCUUGUACACUUGGGAAGAUGCCAAUGGUAAAAGGGAACUGGUCUGGAGCUGUGGAGAAAAGAAGGAAAUGAAAAACGACCUCACUCAGGACGGUAUAGGUGAGUUCUUCUACGACCCUGACAUCAAGGUUUACUGGGUCUCAUUCCUCUCAGGCAUGCAGCGGGUGUUACUCUUCACUCACGACCUUGCCCUAGCAACUGUUGCCCAGGAGGCAGGAGAACUGGAGAGACUGGAACAGGAGAUUACUGUCAGUAUACAGGACAUAGGACUAUCUCUGGUGAACAACUUCACACAGAGAGAGGUGUCCUACCUGGGCAUUACAAGUUCGGGGAUCAUCUGGGAGGAGAAGAGGAAGCGGUUCAAGGCUCUCAACAUUAAGACCACUGCGGCCCUGGAGAUGGCCUAUCAGAAGUGGGACACUGAGAAACUGGCGGGUAGAAUACAGCCUGAGAGACUCACCAUUGACAAAAUGGAGGUAAGAUUUGUGGAAAUUAGUGUACUGAUGGAUAACCAGGUGGCUGGAGCUGUGUUCCCAACAAUCCUGUCCCCCAUGCCUCCACCCAAAUCAGUAGCUGCAGAUAGUGUUCCGAAGCCUUUCACAGAAGUCAGCAUGACGUUGAGGAAACAUGAGCACAGCAAAGUUUCACAGAUGAAGUAUUUUAAGGUGCUAGUUCAGGAGAUGCAGGUAAAGGUAGACCAGGGCUUCCUCAAUAAUCUACUGGAGAUGUUCUCAGCAGACCAGGACGUUACCAGUGAGCAACAGAAACAGCUGUUAGAUGAGGACAUAGAGAAGACCCGACAGGACCUGAUCACCACCAUGCGUCUGUCCCUGGCCAGUGAGCAGAAAAUGUUCUACGACCAUCUACAUUUAUCUCCUAUCAAGGUUCACCUCAGUUUCUCCCUACAAGGGGGAGGUGGUGAUGGGAAGCCCACACAGUUCAGCUCCAAUGUGAUCAACGUGUUCCUGCAGAGUGUCGGUGUCGUGCUCACAGACAUACAGGACGUCGUCUUCAAACUUGGGUACUUCCAGCGUGAGCACAUGUUCUACAACAACAAGCAGCUCACUAGAGAGAUUACCGGCCACUAUGCUGGGCAGGCCUUCAAGCAGAUGUACGUGCUGGUGCUGGGUCUGGACGUGCUGGGAAACCCCUUCGGACUGCUGAGAGGCAUGGCAGAGGGUAUGCAGGACCUCUUCUAUGAACCGUACCAGGGUGCCAUUCAAGGAGAUGAAUUUGCAGAAGGCAUGAUGUUGGGAGUGAAGAGUCUGUUUGGACACUCCGUCGGAGGGGCAGCUGGGGCUGUGUCAAGGAUCACAGGGACCCUGGGCAAGGGGAUCGCAGCCCUCACAUUGGACGAUGAGUACCAGAAGAAGCGUAGAGAGGCUCUGAAUAAGAGACCAGCCAAUGUGGGCGAGGGAUUUGCACGUGGUGGCAAGGGUCUUGUCAUGGGCGUGUUUGAUGGUGUCACAGGCAUUGUCCGGAAGCCCAUCGAGGGGGCAAAGAAGGAAGGGGUGGAGGGGUUCUUCAAGGGGGUCGGCAAGGGGCUGUUUGGCGUUGUAACAAGGCCCACUAGCGGGGUCAUUGACUUUGCCAGCAGCUCAUUUGAGGGCAUUAAAAGAAUAGCCGAUAACGUUGGGGAGAUCUACAGACUGCGAGCCCCAAGGAGAUUCUAUAAAGACGGAAUUAUCCGCCCCUACAACAGACAGGAAGCAGAAGGCUGCGCUGUGCUCAUGGAGACAGAGAAGGGCCGUUACCUCAUUGAAGACUACGUGGCCCAUGUUGUGGUAACCAAGGACGACAAGAAUGUCUUCCUGGUCACCAACAAGCGCCUAUUGUUCGCUAGUCGUGGGGAGAUAUUCGGCUCCUGGAACUGCGAGUUCACAUACAUCUGGGCAGAGCUCAAGGACAAACCCAAGGUCACAACCAAGGGCAUAGAGGUCACAUUGAAGGAGAAGGAGAAGCGGGGGCUGUUCGGGUCCUCCACCUGGAAAAAGGAGAUUCAUGUAGCUGACCUUAAACUUGCUGAGUGGAUGGUAGGAAAAAUAUCUGAAGCCUGGGACGCAAACAACUAGUUACCUGGGGUCGACAUAGAAACAACAAGUCACCUGGGGUCGACAUAGAAACAAAUAGUCACCCAGGGUUGACAUAGAAACAUUGAGCGUUGAGCGUGUAAAGAAAAUAUGCACACUCUGAGAAGUGUGAAAUACUUCCCUUGAAAACAUAUGAAGAAACAUUGUAAGAAAAUGAUCGUAAGAAAAUGGUCGAAAUUCGAAAAGCAUAUAAUGAAAUUGUAUGAUUAUUGUUGCCAUGGAAACAUGGCAUGCUGAAAACUGUUGAGGUAGAACUUUGAAUUUGAUCGAUACAUCUUUCAAUCAUAUGAACAUGACAGACUUGUGUUUACGUUAACAUCAAAUUUUAUUAUUUAUUUAUUAUGAUAUUUGUGUUUUCUGAUUUACUUUAAUAUUUUCUAUGCUCAUGAGUAAGUGUAAAAUGUUUGUUUUGUAAGUUUAACAGUUUUUUUUUUAUUGAUUUUUGAACAAAAUUGAAGCAAAUUAUAAAAGAAGGUAUUUGUAAAAUAAAUAAACACAAUCUUUAAAAGUACAAAAUGACAAAAAUUAUUUUAGAAAAUUAUUACAUAAAAUUGUGUAAUGUAGAUAUCAUUCUUUAGUCAAAAGAAUGUAUGGAUGUUGUCAUUAGUUUAUUUUAUAGUGUUUAGUUCAUUUUAAAACAAAAUGUUGAAUACUUGUGAAGUUUGGUUUACACGUGCUUACAAAUAUAUAUAAUUGUAAAUUAAAAUAUACUCGUAUGGAAUGAAGUUCUCUAGUAAUUUGAUUGUGUUGUUUUUUAUUGCCUACCACAUUUGCAUUUGCUCAACUAAAUACUUUAUUGUUCUGUAAGUAUUUCUUUUUUUUCUAUGACAGUAUGCCUAUAAGUGACAACAUAAUAAAAACAAAUAUUGAUAAUGGAUAAUAAAAUAAAUGUAAAUAAAAAAUGUAAUCAUCAAUAUAUAAAAGUGCCAUUAAUUCAGAAUAGUGUGAACAAUAAGUAAUUAAUCAUUAAUUAUAUCCUGUUGGAUACAUUAUUGCAAGAUUUUGAAAAACAGAACACACAUUUGAAAUUUAAUGUACAUUAAUUAAUGCCAUGUUUGGUGUUAUUAUGGUUAUCGUUUAUUCUUUGUUUCAAACAUUUUCCACAAUCUGCUCAAUUGAUGAUAUCAUGCUAACUGACGGCUUUAAUAAGAUUUAUAUUAUAAUGGAUUUGUAGCAAAUAUUUUGUUUCUGCUUUAUGGUACAUUAUGUGCUCAUUCAUAAAUAUAUCCAUUACCUCCAGCAGAUAUUUUGUUUGUGUAUGUUGGUAUGUUACACGUUCAUUCAUGUUUAAUUAAUUUUUAUCUUGCUGUUUAAAAAAACAUGAACAUCAGUUGGUCUGUUGUCAAGCUUUUUACUUUUAAGUAAAUACAAAUAAAGCUUUUUGCUUUAAAGUAAAUACAAAAUAAAGCUUAAAUCUUUUUAGUGCCUAGUCAUAAUUACCAUGUACAAAAUGUUAGUGCUGAUUGACAGACAAUAAUUUUUGUACUGGUUGACUGAAAAUAAUGCCAGUACUGGCUAACUGACAAUAAUUUUCAAAAUCUGACAAACAUACCAGUUCCAAAAGCAUUUGACAAAAGUCAAUGUAUCUUUGAUACUUCAAUUCAAUAUACUGAUACAUACGCACAACUAAACAUAAGAUUUUUAAUGUAUUGUUCAGAAAUUUAGUCUAGUAGUUAUAGUGUUUGCGUAUGUGACCAUGUUUCUAAAUGACGGAGAAACAACUUUGCCUUGAAAUGCCUUGUAGAACUAUAUUUUAUCAAACAAAAAUUUAUUACAAUGCUAAGUUGAGUGUUUCAUUACUUUGGGGUGAUUAAGUUUAAAAUUAGAAUGUAGAAAUAGAUGUGUAGUUUUACAUGAAUAUGCAUUACAUUUUUGUUGAUGAGUAGCUAUUUGCCUGUCAAUAAAUACUAAACAAACUGAUGCUGAUGAUUAGGGAUUUGUGUAACAUUAUACAAGUUUAUGUUUUUAAAUAAAGAUCAUUUUUUACUUCCUCUGCAUAAGUUUUCGUGCAAAAUUGUCAUGUUGUUUUUUAUUUAUUUGUAGAAAUUCUUUUAUUUGUAUUCUUCCAUAUUUAAUUCCCUGUACAUGUAUUCAUGCAAUAGUUGUUUUGUUUAUUCUGCUGAAACAAGUGCUUUGUUAUAUUUAUGGGCUAAAAGGGUAGUCAAACCUGUCUAAUCAACUUCACAUUGUGUAAAUUAAUGGUACAAACCUGUAGUCUCUAACAUAAGGAGAGAUGAUCUUAUCUUCAACAAAUAUGAAUUGACUGAAUAAACACAUGUUAAAGCAGUCCUUCAUUUAAAUAAUUGCUUUAACUUGUUGCUUCGGUUUAAAAAAAUACUUGAAAAUUUGAAAAGUCCAUUUUUACUGAAAAAUUUUACAAUUUAUUGUUAUACUCAAGCCAUCUUCCGAAUAUUUGAGUAAUGGGCUUAUUUUCAUAAAGCUCCAUACGGGAAAUCUUAACUUGAGUUACUGGAAAGAUUACAUUUCCGAAUUCAUUUACUUUGUGAAAUUAAUUGUCUUAUGCUUACAAAAUGAUGAAAACUUCAAAAUUGCAUGCGUUCUUACUUGCUUUAAAAAUUUUAAUGUACUUGACAGAGACUGAAAGAAUUUAAUGAAUGUAAGGAAUUUACUUAAGUUUUCCAUACGAGUCAUUGUGAAUACCAGCCCAUUACAAAGAAGUGCUGUUCCGACUAAUGCAAUAAAUGUUUGAUAUAUAUGUACAAUAUAUGCAUUGAAUGGGAUGGAUUUGUAAUUCUAUCACAAGAAAACAUGACUUCCAAAAGCAUAAAAUAUUGUUCACUAUUUCCAUAAAAAAUGUAUCACUUAUGAUAAACAGUAUAAUAUUUAAUAAUCUCUUUGCAUAUUAAAACCAUCAACUUAAGUAAUUUUCUUAAUUGAAAGGAUUUCCUUAUGCUUUCCCUAAAAAUUGUUGAAAAAAAGAGGCUCUGAAUAAACCACUAGCCGAAAUCCUAAUGCUUUCAUAAAGACCUACAUGUAUUUAAGCUGGACUUUAUAAACUAUUUCUGAUUGGCCACAUUUCACCAACCUACUUGCGGUCAGGCUUACAGUUCUGGUAAAUACUGUCUGGGUAUUUUUUCUUAAAUCUCCCAACAGAAAUCAUGACUUAGUCAAGUGACAUUUUCAACUGAGAUUUUCAGAUGCCAAAAACAGUUAUUUCAGCUUAUGAUCAAGUGAAAUUAAACCUCAGUGCAAUUUUCACAAGUUGACACUAUUAGUAAAUGCAAAUGACCUACACAUCAGGAAAUUAGGGAAGUUAUCAAUUUAAGUAAUCAAAGAUGAACCCAUAAACAUCGUAUUUGUUUGCUUUUUAGAAAGAUACAUUAUGGAAAAAAUACAAUAUUGUUGUAAUAGAUCAUUUUACUCAAAACUAAUGUAUUCCUCUAUUAUUUAGUCAUUCAUGAACAGCGUUGAUAAUUUAUUGGUAAUACAUAGAUUGUUUGGGAUAUUAUGAAGCGCAUUGUGGGUUACAUUUAAAUGUAACAAACCAACGAGUAUUUUGAAUUUCUUGAGAUUCUGAUUAAAAAAGAGAGGAUCUUGUAAAGUUGUUGCUAGUUCAUCAUUUAAGCAGAUGCUUGUUGUCAAUGCUCAAUAUUGUUUCAGAUCACGUCCUAUAUGAAUUUCUUAUCUGCCAUAAUAAUACUGCUGGUAAUUGUAGAUGCUCACCACAUGUAGUAAAAUACGUAAUAAAUAGGAAUAUAGCACUUUGUGUAGUGUGUAUAGUUCCCUAAAUCUUGUGUAGGUUUUGAACUGUUUAUUUUUUAGUGUUAGCUCAAGUAAAAUAACCAGGGACUUGAGGGUCCCUGCAAUAUUUGCUGUGUUUUGUUGUACUGCUUUAUCUUUCUAUUUAUCCCUUUGUUGUUGUUUUGUUGGCAAGCUUUUUUUGUUAAUGAUUAUGUUCAGCAAUUCCAAUAAACAUGCUUCUUAAAAUCUUA